UUCCAUCAGUUGGUUUCAUCCAUAAUAUGUUUUGAGCCAAUCCAGAAUUAGACCACUCCAAAAACAUUUGUUUUUUCUGGUCGUCGCCCUUCGUAAUUCAUAAUAUAGAACAAAAAAUCAAUUUGCAAUUAUGACCAUUUUCGCUCGUGGGAGUGCCGAUGUGGCAAAAUGUUUCUCCCGGCGUUUGCACGCAAGCCGGACGAUGUCCGCGGCCAUGUCGAAAUUUGACCCGGACGUUCCCCUCCCGUACAGCAAGCUGAGAAAGAAUUUCGACGUUGUUAAAAAGCGACUCAACAAACCUAUGACAUUGGCUGAAAAGAUUUUAUAUUCACAUCUCGACGAUGCGAAAGGUCAAGACAUCGAACGUGGCGUGUCUUACUUGAGGUUGCGACCGGACCGAGUGGCUAUGCAAGAUGCCACCGCUCAAAUGGCCAUGUUGCAGUUUAUUUCGUCCGGCCUUCCCAAAGUCGCCGUCCCCUCCACCAUUCACUGUGAUCAUUUAAUCGAGGCGAAAGAAGGAGGGACGAAGGAUUUGGCCAGGGCGAUAUCAACGAAUAAAGAGGUUUACGAUUUCUUGGCGUCGGCCGGUGCGAAAUACGGGGUCGGAUUUUGGAAACCUGGAAGUGGAAUCAUUCAUCAAAUCAUUUUAGAAAAUUACGCCUUUCCAGGAUUACUUAUGAUUGGUACUGAUUCCCACACCCCCAACGGAGGUGGACUCGGAGGUCUCUGCAUUGGCGUGGGCGGCGCUGAUGCCGUCGAUGUGAUGGCUGACAUCCCGUGGGAGUUGAAAUGCCCAAAAGUUAUUGGGGUCAACCUAACGGGAGCCCUGUCAGGAUGGACCUCGCCCAAGGACGUCAUUCUUAAAGUUGCCGGUAUUUUGACCGUGAAGGGAGGCACUGGAGCUAUCGUGGAGUAUUUUGGGCCUGGAGUUGAAUCAAUUAGCUGCACUGGAAUGGCCACAAUUUGCAAUAUGGGUGCCGAGAUUGGAGCUACCACCUCCGUUUUCCCGUAUGGUGGAAGGAUGAAGAAGUAUUUGGAAGCUACAGGACGUCGCGAGGUGGCUGCCGAAGCAGAUAAAAACCAAGACAUUCUAAUCCCUGAUAAAGGAGCUAAUUAUGACCGACUCGUCGAAAUCAAUCUCAGCGAACUGGAGCCACAUGUAAACGGGCCUUUUACACCCGAUUUGGCUCACCCGAUUAGUCGUUUAGGAGAAAACGCAAAAAAAGCUGGCUGGCCUAUGGACAUUAAAGUUAGUCUGAUUGGAAGUUGUACAAACUCUUCUUACGAGGACAUGGGGCGUGUCGCUUCUAUUGCGAAAGAGGCCAUGAAAUACGGACUUAAGUCCAAAACUGAAUUCCAUGUGACACCCGGGUCUGAGCAAAUCCGAGCAACCAUCGAACGCGACGGAAUUGCUCAAACUUUAAGAGAAUUCGGUGGCACAGUUCUUGCCAAUGCUUGCGGUCCAUGUAUUGGACAGUGGGCUCGACAUGACGUGAAGAAGGGAGAAAAGAACACCAUUGUCAGCUCGUACAACCGAAAUUUCACUGGACGCAAUGACGCAAAUCCGGCUACGCAUGCUUUCGUCACUUCCCCCGAAUUGGUGGCAGCUCUCGCUCUCGCUGGAACGCUAGACUUUGAUCCAAGAACGCAAAGUUUGACCACUGCUGAUGGGAAGAAGGUAAAAUUAUCGGAGCCGCAUGCCGACGAGCUUCCAGCCAGGGGAUUCGACCCGGGUCAGGACACGUACCAAGCUCCUCCCGCGUCUGGUGGAAAUCUUAAGGUUGUCGUUGACCCAAAAUCGGAUCGUUUGCAACUCCUGGACCCUUUCGCCAAAUGGGACGGGAAGGACUUGGAAGACCUCUUGGUAUUGAUCAAAAUUAAGGGAAAGUGCACCACAGAUCACAUUUCCGCAGCUGGCCCAUGGCUAAAAUACAGAGGACAUUUGGAUAAUAUUUCUAACAACAUGUUUAUUGGGGCCAUCAAUAUUGAGAACGACACCGCCAAUAAAAUUAAGAAUGUCCUGAACGGAGAAUGGGGGGGAGUUCCGGAUGUUGCAAGACAGUACAAAAGCCAAGGAAAAGGUUGGGUAGCAGUUGGUGACGAUAACUACGGGGAAGGAAGUAGUCGAGAACACGCAGCUUUGGAGCCAAGACAUCUUGGAGCCCGUGCCAUCAUUGUUAAGAGUUUCGCUCGAAUCCACGAAACUAACCUGAAGAAACAAGGUCUUCUUCCAUUGACCUUUGCCACCCCAAGUGACUACGACAAGAUUCAACCCGGGGAUAAAAUUAGCCUGAAAGGUUUGGCUCAAUUAGCUCCGGGCAAGCAAGUUGACUGCGUAAUCAAGCACGGGAACGGAAAGACGACCCCGAUUAAGUUGAACCAUUCUUUAAAUCAAGGCCAAAUCGAGUGGUUCAAGGCCGGCUCAGCCCUCAACUACAUGAAACAAGCAAAGAAGUAAAUUGCUGACAAUAAUAUUACCUGAUUCUUUUCUAAAAUAUGGAAUUAUGGUGAUCAACUUGACUUGGCGUCACCACCACCGCGAAGAAUUAUUAGAUAGUUUCAUAGAUAGACAAUGUGCAAUUUAGUACGUUUCUUGCCGCUUAUUGUCGUCGUCAUCUUAAUAUAUCAUUCAUUAUAUUACGUAAGAUACGUGUACCUUAUCAGAAUUUCUGUUUAGAUGAUAGAAGAUGGUCCAAGAAACGAUUUACAAAUAGUUACAAACACACAUGGGAAUUGUUAACUGCAAUUAGUGAUACGGAAAUAUGGAAUUAUUAUGUUCAGUCUCUAGUCUCGGCAUAGAACAAAAAAAGACUAUUAAAAUACGUACGUUAUAAAAUAAUUAAA